UUUGAAACCAAGCCGGAAACAUUUCUUUUGCUGCCUUGCAUGCACUGGUGUUUUAUUAUGUAAAUGCAAAUAUAGUUUUUAUUGUGGGGGCAUGUGGAAUUUAUAAAUGUGUUCUCUCUGCAGACUUAUUGCUACAAAUGUAGUGCUACAAAUGUAGUCUUUUUCAUUUGUUAUGCACUUGCCCGUUAUUUCAUUUCAAAUGCACUUGUCGGCGUUAUUGAUGUCUGUAGUUGCUCCGCCUCCUCUGCACUGAAAUACACACACAGGAGAGUCUCUCUAAUACACUCCCGUGGAUCGCUGAUAGCAUAUACUUGCAGUAUAACAUAUCAAUCUGGCAGAAGAGACACUACCGCAUUUAAAAGCAUGUUCCCAUAUGGAGGGAUCACUGCACAUAUCAGUGCUAACAGGCUGAAGGCAGAGGGUAUGGGCUCUUUUGAGCAGGCCAUGCACUUCCAGAACCAGGACUUUGAGGCCCUCAGACAGGAGUGUUUGGAAGGGGGAUAUCUGUUUGAAGAUCCCUGCUUCCCCGCUGAGCCACCUUCUCUUGGCUUCAAAGAACUCGCCCCAUAUUCCUCCAAAACCCGCGAUGUGGAGUGGAUGCGCCCUAUGGAGCUCUGUGAUGAUCCGCAGUUCAUUCUGGGCGGAGCCACAAGGACAGACAUCUGUCAAGGAGCCCUGGGUGACUGCUGGCUCCUCGCUGCUAUAGCUUCACUGACUUUAAAUGAAAAACUUCUCCACAGGGUCGUGCCUCAUGGACAGAACUUUCAGGAUGGCUAUGCUGGAAUUUUCCACUUUCAGUUCUGGCAGUUUGGUGAGUGGGUGGACAUUGUGAUUGAUGAUCGGCUCCCGGUCAAAGACGGAGAGCUCAUGUUUGUCCACUCAGCAGAGGGGAAUGAGUUCUGGAGUGCCUUGGUCGAAAAAGCCUAUGCUAAGCUAAAUGGCUCCUAUGAAGCUUUGUCAGGAGGUUCCACCACUGAGGGUUUUGAGGAUUUCACCGGAGGAGUCUCGGAGAUGUACGAGCUCCGGAAGCCUCCCAGAGACCUGUACCGCAUCAUCAGCAAAGCUUUAGAGAGAGGCUCCCUGCUGGGCUGCUCGAUUGAUAUUACCAGUGCCUUUGACAUGGAAGCUGUGACUUUUAAGAAGCUGGUUAAGGGUCAUGCUUACUCUGUGACCGGUCUCAAACAGGUGGAAUUUAGGGGCAGUUUGGAGAGGCUUAUCCGUAUCCGUAACCCAUGGGGUCAGGUAGAAUGGACAGGGGCCUGGAGCGAUAACUCCCCUGAAUGGGAUGAGAUAGACCCAUCUGAGAAAGAUGACUUGCACUUACAAAUGGAGGAUGGAGAGUUCUGGAUGUCUUUUAAUGAGUUUUUGCGGCAGUUCUCCAGGCUGGAGAUCUGCAAUCUGACCCCUGAUGCUCUGAGCGAUGAUGAUUUGAGUCACUGGAACACCACCAAGUUUCACGGUGCCUGGAGGAGAGGCAGCACUGCCGGAGGCUGCCGGAACCAUCCCAACACAUUCUGGAUCAAUCCACAGUAUAAGAUCACUCUGCUGGAGGAAGAUGAUGACCCGGAUGAUGAAGAGGUGGCCUGCAGCUUCCUGGUGGCUUUAAUGCAGAAAGACCGUAGACGGCACCGGCGCCAUGGACAGGACAUGCACACCAUCGGCUUUGCGGUCUACGAGAUUCCUGAAGAGUAUGCAGGCUGUCAGAACGUGCACCUUAAAAAGAACUUCUUCCUGACACACUCGUCGUGCGCUCGCUCGGAGACCUUCAUCAACUUGCGGGAGGUGAGUACCCGCCUCCGCCUGCCCCCCGGGGAAUACAUCAUCGUCCCCUGCACAUUUGAACCCAGCAAGGAGGCUGAUUUUGUCCUAAGGGUUUUCACUGAGAAGCAGUCACAGACAGAAGAGUUGGAUGAUGAGAUUUCAGCAGACUUGGAGGAUGAGGAUGAAAUCACAGAGGAUUAUAUAGAUGACUCUUUUAAGUCCAUGUUUGCCCAGCUGGCAGGAGAGGAUAUGGAGAUAUCUUUUCGGGAGCUCAGGACCAUUCUCAACCGAGUAGUGUCCAGACACAAGGACCUCAAGACAGAUGGCUUCAGCAUUGAGUCCUGUAGAACUAUGGUCAACCUCUUGGAUAAAGAUGGUAGUGCAUGUUUGGGCUUAGUAGAGUUUCAGAUCCUCUGGAACAAAAUCAGAAAGUUGCUGGGGAUCUUUAGAGAAUUUGAUAUUGAUAAGUCUGGGACUAUGAGUUCUUAUGAGAUGCGUCUUGCAGUUGAAUCAGCAGGCUUCAAGCUCAACAACAGACUGAACCAGAUCCUUGUAGCCAGAUAUGCUGAGAACGAGGUCAUCGAUUUUGACAACUUCGUCUGUUGUUUGAUCAAAUUGGAGGUCAUGUUCAGGUCUUUUCAGCAGCUUGACAAAGAUGGAACAGGAGAGGCUGAGAUGAACAUAAAUGAGUGGCUCUUUAUGACCAUGUGCGGAUGAGCUGACCAAUUCAUGAAAGUCCUGUGCAAGAAUGUUCUACCAAGUGCCUCAAUACUGAACUCUUCAUGCAACCAUCCCAUUUCUGUGACCUAUAGAAAUACUAUAACCUCUUUAGAAAAAAGUGCUGCUAGUUAUCUUAAUGAUUCUAAAUGUAAUUUACACUACUGAGAAAAAACACUGUAGGUAAAACAUUUAUAGACACUCAAUGUCUAAAGAUGCCCUCCACUCACUACUCAAGUAAGGACUGUUGGAAUGUCUGAGGAAAAUCGUGUGCAUGAGAUGAAUAUCAAGUGUGCAUUAAGUUUUGCAUUUUGCCUUAAAAGAAGACCAGCAUUGGAAAAACUUGCCUAAUGCAUG